AUGACUACUAGGAGUGAACACCAUCAAACGGUUCCUCUUUCGGUUCUUUUGAAACGUGAAUUGAUGAAUGAGAAAAUUGAGAAACCUGAGAUUAUUCAUGGUCAAGCUGGGCAAAGCAAAAAAGGAGAGGAUUUAACAUUGUUAAAGUCUGAAUGCCAGAGGAUGGUUUCUGAUGGGGUCUAUACAUAUUCUGUUUAUGGGCUAUUUGAUGGACACAAUGGAUCUGCUGCUGCUGUUUAUUCUAAGGAGAAUCUUCUAAAUAAUGUUUUAAGUGCAAUUCCUCCCGAUCUUAAUGGAGACGAGUGGUUAGCAGCAUUGCCUAGAGCCUUGGUUGCAGGCUUUGUAAAAACUGAUAAAGAUUUUGCACAGAUCGGAAAAAAAUCAGGAACAACUGUCACCUUUGUGAUUAUAGAAGGAUGGGUUGUAACAGUUGCAUCAGUUGGUGAUUCCCGCUGCGUACUAGAAUCUUCUGAAGGCGGGAUUUAUUACUUGUCAGCAGACCAUAGGCUAGAAACAAAUGAAGAGGAGAGGGUUCGCAUCACUUCUAGUGGGGGUGAGGUUGGUCGUUUAAAUACUGGGGGAGGUGCAGAGGUUGGUCCUUUGAGAUGUUGGCCAGGUGGCUUGUGCCUUUCACGAUCUAUCGGAGAUAUGGAUAUUGGUGAAUUUGUUGUCCCUGUGCCACAUGUAAAACAAGUGAAGUUGUCCACUGCCGGAGGCCGGCUUGUUAUCUGCAGUGACGGUGUUUGGGAUUCUUUACCUGCAGAAGUGGCUCUUGAUUGUUGUCGUGGCAUGUCAGCAGAGGCUGCUGCACCGCAGAUUGUAAAAGAAGCUUUACAAGCAAAGGGACUUAGAGACGAUACAACCUGCAUCGUUGUUGAUAUAUUACCUCAGGAGAAGCCACCUGCUCCCGUGGCACAACAAAAGAAGCCAGUAAAAGGAAUGCUCAAGGCCAUGUUUCGUAAAAAGUCUUCUGAAUCAUCUUCUUUGGACAAAGAAUACAUGGAGCCAGAUGUGGUAGUGGAGGUGUAUGAGGAAGGCUCUGCUAUGCUUUCAGAGAGAUUAGAGACAAAAUAUCCACUCUGCAAUAUGUUCAAGUUGUUCAUAUGUGCGGUAUGUCAAGUAGAAAUAAAACCUGGAGAGGGUAUUUCAGUACACGAGGGUGCAUCAAACCCUCAAAACUCGCGCCCAUGGGACGGACCUUUCCUUUGCUUUAGUUGCCAGGAGAAGAAAGAAGCCAUGGAAGGAAAAAGAUCAUCAGAUAGACAUAGCAGCGGAAGUGACGAAUGA